GCCGUGCGCCCCGCCCCCACGGACCGCAUCUCCACCCGCUCCCCUCCCCCACUGCGAUGCUUUCUCAGCCUCAUCUUCGCGGUUGAUUCCUGCUGCUUCUUGUCCCUAUGCUUUUUUGUACAGUCCGUGUGGCUCGGAGUUGACCAAACGUAGUGAAUGCAGUUAGCACCAAAGGCCGGCCCACCCUGCCCUCAGCGUCAUUCCCGCCUUUUGAGGUUGCUGGGACCGCCUGCACUGCAGCCGCCUCCUCCCUCAGAUUUUCAGCUACUGAUGUUACACACAGUAAAAUAUUGGAACAUAGACUUGAGGAAAAGACUUAAAUCAGAUUUGUCUUCUGUUAGUUAAAAAUAUGGAUCCUGAAGCAGAGGGACCAGCAAUUAUCACGGUGACACCUCUUCAACAAAUGCUUGCCUCUUGUACAGGAGCUAUACUGACAUCACUGAUGGUGACACCCUUUGAUGUUGUUAAAAUUCGACUCCAAGCCCAAAACAACCCGUUCUCCAAAGGAAAAUGCUUUGUGUAUAGUAAUGGACUUAUGGAUCACCUAUGUGUCUGUGAAGAAGAAGGCAACAAAGCAUGGUAUAAGAAGCCAGGACGUUUCCAGGGAACGCUGGAUGCCUUUUUGAAAAUCAUUCGAAAUGAAGGCAUUAAAUCCCUGUGGAGCGGCCUUCCUCCUACCUUAGUGAUGGCAGUUCCUGCCACAGUUAUUUAUUUUACCUGCUAUGAUCAAUUAACUGCUCUUCUGAGAUCUAAAUUAGGAGAAAAUGAAAGCAGCAUACCAGUUGUUGCUGGAAUUGUGGCCAGACUUGGUGCAGUAACUGUAAUAAGUCCACUGGAAUUGAUUAGAACCAAGAUGCAGUCUAAGACAUUUUCUUACAAGGAACUGCAUCAAUUUGUCAGCCGGAAAGUAUCUGAAGAUGGUUGGAUUUCCCUCUGGAGGGGUUGGGCUCCUACUGUUCUUAGAGAUGUGCCAUUCUCAGCACUGUACUGGUAUAACUAUGAAGUUUUAAAGAAGUGGUUGUGUGCAAAAUCUGGUUUAUAUGAACCAACAUUUAUGAUCACUUUUACUUCAGGAGCAUUGUCUGGUUCUUUUGCAGCUGUUGUAACUUUGCCAUUUGAUGUGGUAAAAACACAAAAGCAGACACAACUUUGGACAUAUGAAAGUCAUAAAAUUUCUAUGCCUUGGCAAAUGUCAACUUGGGCUAUAAUGAAGAACAUUGUUGCUAAGGAUGGAUUUUCUGGAUUAUUUACAGGCCUAAUUCCUCGCUUAAUUAAAAUUGCUCCUGCUUGUGCUAUUAUGAUCAGUACAUAUGAAUUUGGAAAGUCAUUUUUCCAGAAACAAAAUGCUCGAAGACAGCAGUACUAGAGCACUGUUUCACCUUGAAAAAACCACCAUGAUCAAUAAUAAGAUGGAGAAUAUUAGGCAAGAGCUUUUUUCACCAUUAUCUUUCAAUCAUUUUAUGUCUUUCUUAUUUAUAAGUGAAUAGUAAAUUUCUACUUUAGAUUAAAAUCAAAUCCUAGUUUUAAGAUAAAUUUUUUAUCCUAAAUUUUGAGGUAUUGGAAAAGAUAUUUCAGAAAUCAUAACCAAUGAAGACUCUAGUAAAGAAAAAUUAUUCCUUAGCAUUGAGAGCAAUAAUCUCUGAGAGUUGAUGCUGAUUUCAGUGUAACUUUAUCCUACUGGGAGUGUGUCAGAUACACCAGAACAUUUUGAUUGUGUGCUGAUUGAAGUACAGAGUCUAGAAGAAAAAUUCCCAAGUCUUUAUGUACAUUUGAAUCGUGGACAUAGAUAUUUAGGUAUUUCAGCAAAGUAGAUAACAGAAGGCAGUCUUUCAAUAGAAUUAUUCACGUUUACCAAAUAUUACCUAUUAUUUUCUUUAAACAUACACUUGGUAUUUUAUUUUUUAACUUUGUUAACUUUUAAAGGCCUCAUGUGUAUUAGGAUUUCCCUAAUCAAAAGUAUGGCUUUUUUUAUCUUCAUGAACCAAAAAUAUAAUUUGUGUGUCAAUGCUGCUGUUUUUGAUGAUCAAAGACCCUGUAUUACCUACUUUUUGUGCAAGACAGAGGGAGCUUUACUGACCAUAUUAAAUGUUCACUUCAGUCAAAUUUGGGUGUGCAGUAGGAAACCAUGCUGUAUUUAGUAAAAAUGAUAUUUCAGCACAGGAAGAGUCUGGUUUCAGCCAUCUUGCAAUUCAAGACCACCCUUUGUGGAGUUCUCUAGGUCGCUUCUAUUGGCUUAUUCUAACAAAACAGAUUAUUAAUAUGGCAUCAGUCAUAAAAUAUUUCCAAAAUGUCCCUUGAUUUUACAUAUCUCACAUUAUAUGCUAGACUUAGAACUAAGCAGGUAGCAGUCUCCUUGAAGAAAGAGCUUUCGGUCACUGUAGGCUAAUAAUGUUUGAUUAAUUUAGUUAUGAAUGUAGGAAUAGAAUAAAAAGGAUAAGAUUUCGAGAAACAAUAAAAUAUUUUUGAUUUUCUCAGGAUCUGUAACCUGUAAGAGGAAGCACUUUAUUGCAGUCUAUGUAUAUUCUAUGAAAAUAUGAGGCAUUUUUCCCCCUAAAACAUAGUUAAUAUAUUUAAGCAACAAAUCUUCUCUAGUGUUGGUUGAAGAAUCAAUGUAUUUUCUAUUACAUUAGAAAACUUUCACCAGAAAUAAACUGUAUAGGGUUUGUAUUUAAA